AGGGGUGACUGGUGCGGUCCCUCCCGGCACCACUGCCCCAUAGAGGACCCCCGGAGCGGGGGGUGAUGCCACAGGUUGCUGAGGGCUCUGUUGUGCAGCGCUCCCCCCGCCAGCCCUGGCGCUUGCUCCCUCUCCCUCUCCCUCCCUUUCCCUCUCUGUGCUUAUCUCCGUCUCUCCGUGUCUUUCCCAGACAAAAGCAGCCUGAAGCCGUGCCUGACGCCUUCGGGAUUUCUCCUGCCCUUCCUGCCCCAAAACCUCUCUGAGGGCAGGCACAGGGGGUGGCUGGAGCGGGUGAAGUUGCUCCAACCCUCCCCAUCCCCUUCCUCCUCCUCUCUCUUCUGCCAGGCAAGCUCCCGGUGUGUGACCCCACCAGCACCCACAGACCCCCGGGAGGAUGCCAGGGCUGAUGAACCGGAGCACCCGCUGCCCACUGCCCCUCACCGCGGCCGAGGUGACGUCCUGUGUCCGCGGCUACGCCUUCGGGAUGAGCGCCUUGCUCACCUACCGCAACCCAGAACCACAGGCUUUGGAAGGUCUCUUUGUCUACCCCCUGGACGAGUGCACCACUGUUGUCGGCUUCGAGGCGGCCGUGUCCCGGCGUGCCGUGACCGUGCAGAUCAAAGACAAAGCCAAGAUAGAUGACACGUUCUUUGGGAGCUGCAGCUUCCCUGAUGGAAGAGCUCGGGAUGGAAGUGGAGGGAUUGUGAUGGACGAGGACCUGGAGAGGAUUGCGUUUGUGGCCAACCUGGGCACGGUGCCUCCCCUGGAAAGCGUCUCCAUCUUCAUCAGCACCUCCUCCGAGCUGCAGACACUGCCCAGUGGGGCCGUGAGGGUCCUUCUCCCGGCUGUGUGUGUGCCCAGGGUGCCCCAGCCCAGCCUGGACAAUGCCAGCAGCUUUUCCAGCCUCCAGCUCCGCACGGACAAGCACCGCUGCGGACCGGGGAGCCCGGAGCCGGGGAGCAGGCUCUGCCUGGCUCAGCUGCUGGACACUGAGGCCACCAACCCCUUCGAGUACGAGUUCAGCUUCCACCUCGAGAUCCGCGGGCCGUGCUUGCUGGCAGGUGUGGAGAGCCCCACACACGAGAUCCGAGCAGACGCCGACCCCUGCGCCCGCUCUGCCAGGAGCAUCGUGAUCACUCUGGCCAACAAGCACACGUUCGACAGGCCCGUGGAGAUCCUCAUCCACCCCAGCGAGCCCCACAUGCCUCACAUCCUAAUGGAAGAAGGUGACAUGACUCCUGCCGAGUACGAACGACACCUGAAGGGGAAGAAUGAUUUCAUUAAAGGCACUAAGAAAGACCCCAGUGCUGAGAAAAAGACGGAAAUCAUCCGGAAGCGGCUGAGCAAGGACAUCCCCCAUCACCCUGUCAUCAUGCUCAACUUCUGCCCCGACCUGAGGAGCGCCCAGCCAGGCCUCCGGAAAGCCCAAGGAGAGUUCAUCUUCCUCAUAGACCGCAGCAGAAGCAUGAGUGGUGUCAACAUGAACUGCGUGAAGGAUGCCCUGUUGGUCAUUCUCAAGAGCCUGAUGCCAGCGUGUCUCUUCAACGUCAUUGGGUUUGGAUCCACUUUCAAGACCCUCUUCCCUGCCAGUCAGGCUUACUGUGAGGAGAGCCUGGCCAUCGCCUGCGAGAGCAUCAAGAGGAUCCGGGCUGAUAUGGGUAGCACCAAUAUCUUAUCCCCCUUGAAGUGGGUCAUUCGGCAGCCCAUCCACAAGGGCCAUCCCCGCCUGCUCUUCCUGCUGACGAAUGGGGCCAUCAGCAACACAGGGAAGGUCCUGGAGCUGCUGCGAAACCAUUCCUGCUCCACCAGGUGCUACAGCUUCGCCGUGGGGCCCGGCGCCUGCAGGAGGCUGGUUCGGGGCCUGGCGGCCGUGUCCAGGGGCAGCGCCGAGUUCCUGGUGGAGGGCGAGAGGCUGCAGCCUAAGAUGAUCAAGUCUCUGAAGAAGGCGAUGGCACCGGUCCUGAGCGAUGUGUCUGUGGAAUGGGUCUUCCCCGAGAGCACCGAGGUCUUGGUUUCCCCCAUCAGCACCAGCUGCCUCUUCCCUGGGGACCGCCUGGUUGGAUACGGCAUCAUCUGCGACACCUCCUCGUACAUCUCCAACCCCAGAUCCGACAGGAGGCGGCGGUACAGCAUGAUGCGCUCCCAGGAGUCGGGCAGCUCUGUUUUCUUCCAUUCCCAGGAGGAGGGAGCAGGAAUGGAGAGCUGGAAUCACUCCAGAGACUCCGAGGGCUGCUGCCCCGAUCGCCUGGUGGUGGGCAGAGAGCCCGGGGGAGAAUCGGACACGGACACCGGAAUGGAUGUGAAGGCUUCCUCCCGGAGACGGGCGUACAGCACCCCCCCGGCCGCUGACCACGAGCCCUGCAGGAAGGUGCCCACAUCCAGUGAUCCCGACACUGCCCUGGGCAGGAACCCCCUGCGGAAAACCCACCUGCAGGACCUGCGGCAGCUCAGCCCCGAGCCCUGGCAGGGGGAGCUCCAGCCCUUCACAGCCAACCCCACGAGGACGCUGGGUGCCCGGCGCCCAUCCCUGCUCCACCGCGGCUGCACCUCCUUCUGCCACGACGCCGAGGCCCCGCCGGUGCCGGAUGGGCUGCAGCAAGAGGGAAGGGGCUUGGGACCACUCGAUGGCAGCGGGAGGCCGCGGUCCUCGUCGGACAGCAGGAGCCCUGGGGACCUGGAGUCUGCCCAGCAUCCUUCCUUCACGUUUGAAACAGAGACCUCCUCUGACUGGGAGCCCCAGGACCUGGUCCUCAGCGCUGACUGCGGCUCCCCACGCUCCCCCAGGACCCUCUGCAAGGCGGUGGUGAAGGGGCUCAGGAUGGACGAGCCCGUGCAGUGGGAGGUCACCUUUGAUAUCUGCCCUCUCUUCCGAGAGCGGGAGAGCCAGGAGGAGGGUGACACGGACCCAUGGAGUGAGACCUUCCAUCACCUGGCAGCCAAGUCGGUCACCCGGGACUUCGAGCAUCUUGCUGAGAGGGAGUGUGAGAUCGAGCAUGGGUCCGGGCGGCGGUACCAGGUCAAUGCUGUCCACACCAGCAAAGCCUGCAACGUCAUCAGCAAGUACACGGCGUUCGUGCCGGUGGACCUGAGCACCAACACCUACCUGCCGACCAUCGUGGAGUACACACACACGGGGGCAGCAUCCAAGCAAGGCAGCCAGCGGAGCCUGAGGUCGGGAAGCAGGAGGCAUCGUGGCUUUUCCCCUGGACGGCCCCACUCAGCCUGCUGCCAGAAUGGAGAUGAUGGAUUUUACAGCAUGAAUGCAGAGGAGAGCAGCCUGUCCCCCUGCAGCACCCCGUCCUCAUCUGCCUGGGAGCGCUGCGGGCUCCCUGAAGGGCCGCUACCGAGCCUGUCUGCUUCCUCUGCACAAGCCCAAAGAUCCAUCGAGAGCCUCUUUGCUGCUAGGCUCACCCUCAACAAAACCAGGCUGCUGAUGCGAGCUGCCAAGGGCUUCAUGAGUAAACCUCCCAGCAGAGUGGGUGAAGGCAGCUCCGAGGGCGACAAUGAGAACGUAGACUACCUUCCCCUGGUGUCGCUGCAGCUGGCCUGCGGUGCCUUCCUCAUGAACCCAGCCUUCUGUGAUGCCGUCAACAUCCCCAUGGAGAAGCUGAAGUGGACGUCUCCCUUCGCCUGCCACCGCCUGGCCCUCAGCCCCUGCGGCUCCUCCAGCACCAAAGCCAGCCCCUCCGUGGAGCACAAGAGGCUCGGCUCCAACCAGCAGCUCCUGGUUCCCAACGGGCACGGGAAGAGCCCCAGCACCAGAGACCCCACUUUGGGUGCGGAGGGUGCCGGGCGCCCGCGCCACUCCUCGGGCAGCGCCGUGGAAAGCAUCUCCAGGGCCCUGAGAGCCGAGAAGGAAUUGUCCCCCCCAGCCAUCACCAUCCGCCGCUUCUCCUCCCCGGAGAGCACGGCAGAGGCAGCCGGGAGGCAGCCCAGCAGCGGGCAGGGCUCGGACACCGACAGCAAUGAGGUCCAGGCACUGCUCUUUGCCAUGGAGCUGCAGCAGCAGACGGAGCCGGAGGGGAUGCUGUGGGCCACAGCCGUGGCGCUGGCCUGGCUGGAGAACAGCUCAGCUUCCUACUUCAUCGAGUGGGAGCUGGUGGCUGCCAAAGCCAGCCUGUGGCUGAGCCAACAGGACUUCCCAGAGGGAUACAGCCUGGCCACGGUGAAAGCUGCAGCCCAGCAGCUCUUUGUGCUGCUCCGUCACUGGGAUGAGAAUCUGGAGUUCAACCUGCUGUGCUACAACCCAGGCAGUGUGUAAAGAGGGUGAGGAGAGGGGCUGGGGCAGCUCACCCAGGAGGGCACGGGAGCAGGGACCUGUCCUCGAGGAAACACCUCCAAGGAGCUCAGUACAUCCAGUACAGGGACAGGGAGCGCCCGUCAGAGCCAGCCCUGCAGACAGCAGCAGCUCAGGCAAAAUCAGUGCUCAGCAGUUGUUUUGCCCUGGGAAGGUACCUAUUGGUUGCCCACAGCUGGAGCAGCACCUCCAGCUGCAGCAGCUCCCUCCGGUCCAGGUCUCAGCCCUGUUCCCAGAGCAGGUCUCCCCAGUGCCUGCUUGGCUGCCUCUGCCCAGCCCCAAAUCACUGCCCAGCCCUGAGCUGCUGCUCUGCCGAGGCUCCUGCCUGGCUCCUGCCAGCUCGGAUGUCCUUUGGUGGAGACAAGGGCUCGUCUCGUGGACCAAAGGGAAUCCGGGCUGGCACUGAGCAAAGAGCAUCCCUGCUGUCCUGGCCGGGAGGAUGCUGCCUUGCCUUGAGCCCAGCACCAAGCCAGGCCGAUUGGAGGUGGCUGGAUGCAAACUGCGGCUUUGUUAUUCACCAUCGUUGACUGAGGGCAUCCAGAAGCUGAUGGAAAAGGAGGAGGAGGCAGGGAGCAGAAGCUGAGAGUGGGCAGUUCUCAACCAGAAGCUCACUUGUUAUGAGUCAGUGGUGUUCCCAGGGGGAAACAGAGGCUCCAGGUUUUGGGGUAGCUUCAGUUUUCUGCUGGGAAAGGCCCCAGUUCUGGUUGCAUUUGGACUAGUUUUGUCUGGAGGCUUGGAAACCUCAAAGGAAAUGCAGUCAAUUCACAGGCACAAGGGUUUGGGGCCCACUGCUGAGGAGGAACAGGUGAGAAGGGGAGUGGAAGAGCUGAAAACCAGCUGCAGAGAGUGGGGAAACUGAGGAAAUGAGGGGCUAUGGGGAAGGCUGUCUCCUCCUUAGAGAAACCUUCCCAUGGAGGAAAUGCAUCCCCUCAUUCCCCAGCAAAGCACCGCGAGCAGGAAGAUGCUUUGCACCAAAUGUGUGGUUUUUUUCUGAGCAGAGCUGGUGGAGAUGAGUAUUUGAGGUCUCGAGCAAAACUUACCUCUUGUUUUCUGCCUUUCCUCAGCUCCCUGCCCACCGUGAGCAGGGUUAAUUCCCAGGGCAUGAGCAUCUCAGCCCUCCUGCAGUUACUGUGAGCUGGUUUCUGAUCCCUUCCUUCUCCCAAAAGACUCCCAGGAGCUGCCCAGUUCUCUGUUAGUCUGGAGCCAUUGGGAUGAGCGUCCACCCCACUGUGAAGUCAACAGAUCCCUUGUUCUGGAUUUAGGAGCAAGCACAUGGCACUGGUGCAGCCCUUCCUCCAUCCCCUUGGCUUGCAGGGAAGGAAAAGGGGAUGAAAUGGGUGAGCCCCUUUUGGAGCCUGACGCUGCUCUCACUGGAGCUCUUGUUUCUCCAGCCCCAAGCUGUGCUGUCCACGCUGUCUCUGCCCAGUGCUGGGGCUCGCUCAGCAGCAGAGGAUGCUCCAGGUGGUCCACGCUGGGACAUGAAGGGAAUCUCCUUAAACCUGCUGCCCGGGACACAAGGAGCUGGUGCCCUCACCUCCCAGUUCUCUCUCUGUGCCAGCUGGAGCUCAGUGCCCAGCCCCAGCAGGAUUGCACCCUGCCUGGUGGCCCCAGGACAGGCUUCCCCGCAGGAUCCAUCCAGCGGCAGCUCCACGGAUCAAGUGCCUAUGGAGGGAAUCGCACACCGUGGCUGCAAUGCCCAUGGAGCCUGUCAGAAACCUGUUGCCUUUCACUCCCUCCCUUGGCAUGUAGCAGCCUCGUGGUGCUUCAACAGGUUUAUGUUUCGUGUCUGUCUGUGGAGGGCAAGUGGUACCCAGGACCAUGAGCAUCCCUCUGGUCCCUGCUCUCGGGGUCCCCUCUCCAGGGUCGUGUUCUCUGUUGUAGCUCAGAAGUGUUGUUGCUGUCCCAGUAAAUCACAGCUGCUUCACUG